GAUUACCCAGCCAGGCGGCUGCCACUCCGGCCAUGGGGACCCCACGGGCACCCUGGCCUCUCGUCUGGGCCGUGCUGCAGCUGGGCUGGUGGCCAGGAUGGCUCCUAGACUCCCCUGACAGGCCCUGGAGCCCCCUCACCUUCUCGCCGGCCCAGCUCACGGUGCUCGAGGGAGAGAACGCCACCUUCGUCUGCAGCCUCCCCGACGUACCUGAGAGCUUCGUGCUCAACUGGUACCGCAUGAGCCCCCGCAACCAGACGGACAAGCUGGCCGCCUUCCAGGAGAACCACACCCAGCCCGGCAAGGACAGGCGCUUCCUCGUCACACGGCUGCCCAGCGGGCAGGACUUCCACAUGACCAUCCUCACUGCCCGGCUCAACGACAGCGGCGUCUACCUCUGCGGGGCCAUCUACCUGCCCCCCAACACGCAGAUCUAUGAGAGUCUGCGUGCAGAGCUCACUGUGAAAGAGAGGACCCUGGAGCCCCCCACGGAGAGCCCCAGCCCCCCACCCAGACUCACGGGCCAGGUGCAGGGGCUGGUCGUCAGCAUCACAAGCGUGUUGGUGGGUGUCCUGCUGCUGCUGCUGCUGACCUGGGUGCUGGCCAUGGCCUUCCCCCGGGCCACUCGAGGUGCCUGUGCCUGCGGGAGCCAGGACGAGCCUCUGAAGGAGGGCCCCUCUGCAGCGCCCGUGUUCACCGUGGACUAUGGAGAGCUGGAUUUCCAGUGGCGAGAGAAGACGCCGGAGCCCUCGGCCCCCUGCGCCCCUGAACAGACGGAGUACGCCACUAUCGUCUUCCCCAGCAGGCCGGGCUCCCCGGGCCCCCUGCCUCUGAGGCCUGAAGACAGACCCUGCCCUUGGCCCCUCUGACGGGCUUCCUCCGCUGGCCUUCAUCCUUCAGAGCCUCUGCCAGGAGCACAGGCGGACCCUCCCCGGAGGAGCACCUGCGAGGAGGCGAAGGGGCUGCCGGCUCGGCUCUCCUCUCACUGCUCACGUGACCUAGGGGCGGGAGGUGUCACUGUCCCAUGUGGCCGGGUGCAGGGGAUUCAGGGUCUGAGCCAGCCCAUCACUCCCCGGAUCUGCUGCUCUGCGCCCCCCACACAAGUGCC